UCAACAACGAUUUAGUGUUUGCAAGUCGUUGAGCAUGGACACAAUGGAAAAUCACUCUUCAGUUAUUGUUUCAAAGGAAGUGUCCCUACAUCAGACAACUAAAUUUGAGAGCCAAAAGGAAAUACCAGAAAAUUGUGCAUUUUGUGAAAAUAUCCUUCAUCCAUUUGGAAUAACUUUCGACGUCAAUAAAAAGGAUGUCCACGUCUGGUGCCAGAACUGUGGGAAGAAAAAUUCCUGUGGCACGAUUCGGAAAAAGCCAUUGAUAUUAUCCACUCUGCCUGUUGUUAAACAUCUAGUCAGACACCAGUGUGAGAAUAAAUCUCAGGGAGGACCAUCAGGAUGUCCACACAUGACAAAUUCUUUUCAUUCACUUCGCCUUCCUGGACAACAGGGCAGGAAGUUACAGCAAGUCGGGAAGCAAUCACUACCCAAAUCGUCUGAAGCCGAAAAUUCACCACCAUUUUUUGAUCACCUAAUUCCAGAGGAAAUUUCCCGAUUAAUGUGUUUGGAAGCUAUUCGGAAAAAAAGGGAGGAGCUUGCUGUAAAAUCUUAAACUUCCUGGCGCCAAAUCAUUAUCACCAUUAAUCAAUCACAUUGCCUAUACUGA